GGACCAGGUUCCUCGUUGUAUUAUCACUUGAGCCACCAGCACGACCUCCCGAACGAAAAAUUUCCUACUACUGCUCAGAUGAAGAAGGAGAAGACCAAGACACGUAGUACAGAGAAGAAACCUACUGUAGAGAAGAUGUUGUCCGGUUCAAACCCUUGGUCAACCUCCCAUUCAGCUUCAACAAG